UGAAUUCCACUGUGUCCAGGCAGAAUUUAUUACAAGGAACAAAGUUCUCAGGAAGCUACUGGUGGAAGUAUCACUGUAUUUGCCAACAGAUUCAGUUUCCCACUUAAGUGCCAGCCACUGGUAAUCUUGUGGGAAGACUUUCAAGGACUUGUUCUUGGCCUGGGUUAUAUACCUCAUUGAUCUGUAGAAAAAUUUCAAGGCCAAAACAAUUUAUUCCAAUUGUCCCAUAUAAAUACAUCACAUACCAUGAGCAAGUGUCACUUUUCUGGACCAUGAAGGCCGUAAGACUCCUCCGUUUUUGUUCCAUGGUUCUGGCAGUUCUGGUCCAGCCCGUUCGUUCAAGUUCCUGUUCAGCAUCUUUACCGGCCAAAUUCCGGAAGGACUGUCAUCCUGAUCCUGGAGUUUCCGAAGCCACCUGUCUGGCCAGGAAUUGCUGCUGGUCUCCGGGUAAAACCCCAGGGAUCCCUUGGUGUUUUGAGAAGGUUGAUGCAUGUUCUUUAGUAGCUCCCUCUGAACGAAUUGACUGCUAUCCGGGGCUCAGGGCCACUGAAGCUACCUGUAUAAAGCGCGGAUGUCACUGGUGUGCCACUAACAAUACCGAAGUUCCAUUUUGCUUCUACAAUUCCAAACAAGAGGCUGCUUGUGCCAUGAGGUUUCCCAUUGAGAAACGCAUUGAUUGCCUUCUUCAACCAGGAGCCUCUCAAGAAAGCUGUGAAGCUAAAGGCUGCUACUGGUGUUCUACAAGUAUCUCUGACAUUCCCUGGUGCUUUUACCCAGCAGACGGUCCACAUGGCUACGUUGUAAAAGAGCAACCUCGAAGGACAGCUCUAGGAUGGAGGGUAAUAUUAACCAAGCGUGACAAUAUAUCCUUGUUUGGAAAUGAUAUUUCCCCACUUGCAAUGGAUAUAGAAUUUCAUACCAAGAAUCGGCUCCGGUUUAAGAUUUAUGAUCCUGAUAAUAAACGAUUUGAAGUUCCACUCCGUGUUAAUUUUCCCUUACAUGCAUCUGCUGAAUCCAACUAUGAUGUUCAAUUGAUAAAUGAUAUGGUCUCUGAAUUCAGAGUAGUAAGAAAGAAGACAAAGACAGUAUUGUGGGACACACUUUUUGGAGGCCUGGUUUUUUCUAAACAGUUUAUGCAAAUAGUGACCACUGUCCCAUCCACUUCCAUCUAUGGAUUUGGUGAACAUGAGCAUCCAUCCUUUAAGCAUGGCAUGAAUUUCGUUACAUAUGGAAUGUUUUCCAGAGAUCAAUCACCAAUGGCAUUUAGCAAUCUCUAUGGAGUUCAUCCUUUUUAUAUGUGCAUAGAGAAUGAUUUUAAUGCUCAUGGUGUUCUUUUCCUGAAUUCCAAUGCCCAAGAUGUCACUCUUAGUCCAUAUCCUUCUAUAACAUUCCGGACUAUCGGAGGAGUACUGGACUUCUACAUGUUUCUUGGUCCCACUCCUGAAUAUGUUGUCCGGCAAUACACAGCGAUCAUUGGACGUCCCUAUUUACCUCCAUACUGGUCUCUGGGAUUUCAAUUGUGUCGAUGGGGCUAUAAUAACAUAGAUGUGCUGAAAAAAACAGUUGAACGUUUAAGACGUUAUGAUAUUCCUCACGAUGUUCAGUACGGUGAUAUUGACUACAUGGAGCGUCAGAUGGACUUCACAUAUGAUAAAGCUAACUUUGCUGGUCUGCCUGAGUUCAUUAGGCAACUGAAAAAUGAAGGAAUGCAUUAUGUCAUUAUUUUGGAGCCCUUUUUGACAAAAGAUGAACCAUAUGGUACUUAUAAGCCCUAUGAGCUUGGACAGCAAAUGGGAAUUUGGGUCAACAACUCCGAUGGACUCACACCAGCUAUUGGCAAGGCUUGGCCUCCAGGAUAUGUAGUAUUUGCAGACUACACCAACCCUCGCACUGUACGGUGGUGGAUGCAGAUGUGUGGGGAAUUUAAGGACAUCCUUGAUUAUGAUGGAAUCUGUAUCGAUAUGAAUGAACCAACCAAUUUUGGGACAGGCCAGUAUCCAGGAUGUGAAAAGAAUAGUCUAAACAAUCCACCCUAUGUACCUGAUAUCACAGGUAGACUUUUGGCUGAGAAGACAUUAUGCCCCGAUUCCAAGACUUAUCUGGGAUAUCAUUAUGAUACACAUUCUCUGUUUGGCCUGUUACAGGCAGCAUCUACUUUCUUCGCUUCUAUGAAUGCUACAGGAAGGCGACCAUUUGUUUUGAGCCGUUCAACAUUUGUUGGGAGUGGGCAAUACACGGGUCAUUGGCUGGGUGAUAAUUUUUCACGGUGGAGAGACAUGCGUAUGUCAAUCAUUGGAAUGUUAGAAUUUAACCUCUUUGGAAUUCCAUAUAUUGGAGCUGAUAUAUGUGGGUUUAAGGAAGAUACAACUUACGAACUUUGCCUGCGUUGGAUGCAACUUGGAGCCUUUUACCCCCUUUCCAGAAACAAUAAUGCAAUUGGAAAUAAGGAACAAGACCCUGGGGUGUUUGGAGAGGAGUUUGCCACAAUUUCCCGGUCUGCAUUAAGGAUUAGAUAUUUACUGCUGCCUUACCUCUACACCCUCUUCUACUAUUCUCACAUCAGAGGAGAUACAGUGGUCCGAGGAUUGAUGCAUGAAUUCACAUCAGAUUCUACAACUCAUCGAAUUGACAGAGCAUUUCUUUGGGGGCCAGCUUUAAUGAUUACUCCAGUUCUUGAAGAGGGGGCAAGAUCUGUAUUUGUCUAUUUUCCUGAAGCAACCUGGUUUGACUUUUACACAGGGGGUGAAAUCCCACCUUCUUGGCAGAAGAAAUAUGUUGAAGUUCCUGCUCCUCUAGAUGUAAUUCCCCUUUUCAUCCGUGGAGGACAUAUCUUGCCUACACAGUUUCCGGGCAGAACAACAAUGCUGAGUCGCCUGAAUCCUUUUGGCCUUAUAAUUGCUCUAAAUGAACAGGGAGAGGCAUUUGGUUCCCUUUUCUGGGAUGAUGGCAACUCAAUUGAUUCUAUCAGAAAGAAAGAAUACUUCUAUGUCCAAUACAAAUUCCGUGAUAGAAUGCUGAAAACCACUGUGAUUAAAAAUGGCUACUAUGGAAUCAGUAGUCUAGCAUGUGGCACUAUUCAGAUCCUUGGUUUGACUUCAAAACCAAAUGUUAUUACUAUGAAUGGAAAAACCAUUCAAAGCAGCAGAAUACAGCAUAAUUCCAAUAGGAAAGUUACUUUAUGGAUAUCUGAACCCAUGUCCCAGGAGCUGACCAUUUCAUUAAAUUGAAUAAUUUUAAAAAUAAUAACCAAAACAGCAGUGGUAAAAAAUUAUCUAUAACAGUUAUUUACAAUAGUUA